AUGCUCUACUCCAGCAGCCGCCUCCUAGCGGCCCGGGCGGCGACCACGCUUCCCGCCCAGCCCAGAGCCCGGGACUCAGCGCCCCGCUGCCGAAGGAGAGAACUACACUUCCCGGGCCACCCCGCGCUGCCCGUUUGUUAUUUCUUGGCGGGGCGGCUGACCAGACCCAGCCUGCCGCUGGGCCGAAGGGUUAUUCUGAGGAGGGGAAAGAUGCCGCCCGCAAUGGGCGGAAGCCUCUCAGGGUCUGAGCUGCGCGCCCGGCGGGGUCGCUGUGGACCCCAGGCAGCUAGGACCGUGGGCCCAGACAUGGCCACUGAAGAUGCAGCGCGAAGCCCCAAACGGCCUGCUCAGGGCUCGCGGCGCCUCGAGGCAGCCGGCCGGUGGGCCCUGCUGGUCCUGGUGACGCUGCUAUCCUUCGCUACCCGUUUCCACCGUCUGGAUGAGCCACCACACAUCUGCUGGGAUGAGACUCACUUCGGAAAAAUGGGAAGUUACUAUAUCAACCGCACCUUUUUCUUUGAUGUGCAUCCACCUCUGGGAAAGAUGCUGAUAGGUCUUGCUGGCUACCUGAGUGGCUAUGAUGGCACCUUUUUGUUCCUGAAGCCGGGGGACAAAUACGAGCAUCACAGCUACAUGGGCAUGAGAGGAUUCUGUGCAUUCCUGGGUUCCUGGUUGAUCCCCUUUGCCUACCUCACUGUAUUGGAGCUAUCCAAGUCUGUCCCGGCGGCUCUGCUCACCGCUGCUCUCCUCACCUUUGACACAGGAUGCCUCACUCUGUCUCAGUACAUCCUCCUUGACCCCAUCCUGAUGUUCUUCAUCAUGGCUGCCAUAUUGAGCAUGGUUAAGUACAACUCCUGCGCAGACAGGCCCUUCUCUGCCCCCUGGUGGUUGUGGCUCAGCCUAACGGGCAUCAGUAUUGCUGGUGCUCUAGGGGUCAAGUUUGUUGGCCUCUUUGUCAUCCUGCAAGUGGGGUUGAACACCGUUUCCGACCUUUGGCACCUGCUCGGAGACCUCAGUCUUUCCCUGGUAACUGUGGGAAAACACCUGCUGGCUCGCAUCCUGUGCCUCAUAGUGUUGCCCCUGGCUCUCUAUACGGCCACCUUUGCUGUUCACUUCCUGAUUCUGAGUAAGAGUGGUCCUGGCGAUGGCUUCUUCAGUUCUGCCUUCCAGGCCCGGCUUUCAGGGAACAACCUUCACAAUGCUUCCAUCCCCGAACACCUGGCCUAUGGCUCUGUGAUCACUGUGAAGAACCUCCGGAUGGCCAGUGGCUACCUCCACUCCCACAGGCACCUCUACCCUGAGGGCAUUGGUGCCCGACAGCAGCAGGUCACUACCUAUUUGCACAAGGACUACAACAACCUGUGGAUUAUCAAGAAACAUAACACGAACGCAGAUCCCCUAGAUCCGUCAUUUCCAGUGGAGUUUGUGAGACAUGGAGACAUCAUUCGACUAGAACACAAAGAGACCUCUCGGAACUUGCACAGCCACUAUCAUGAGGCACCCCUGACCCGGAAGCACUAUCAAGUUACUGGCUAUGGCAUAAAUGGUACAGGAGACUCAAAUGAUUUCUGGCGGAUUGAGGUGGUAAACAGAAAAUUUGGAAACCGCAUCAAAGUACUGAGAAGUCGAAUUCGCCUGAUCCAUCUGGUCACCGGUUGUGUCUUGGGCUCCUCAGGAAAGGUCCUGCCCAAGUGGGGCUGGGAGCAGUUGGAAGUUACUUGCACUCCAUACCUGAAGGACACCCUCAACUCCAUCUGGAAUGUGGAGGACCAUUUCAAUCCCAAACUGCCAAACAUCAGUCUGGACGUGCUGAAGCCCAGUUUUUCUGAGAUCUUGCUGGAGUCCCACAUGGUCAUGUUCCGGGGGAACAGUGGCCUGAAACCCAAGGACAAUGACUUUACCUCCAAACCCUGGCACUGGCCUAUCAACUACCAGGGUCUGCGAUUCUCAGGGGCCAAUGACACGGACUUCCGAGUCUAUCUGCUUGGCAACCCGGUGGUCUGGUGGCUGAAUCUGUUGAGCAUUGCCCUCUACCUCCUCACAGGGAGCCUCAUUGCUGUGGCUGUGCAGAGAGGGGUGCGCCUGCCAGUGGAGGUGGAAGGGCUGUCCCAGGUCCUGCUGCAUGGAGGCGGUCAGGCCCUGCUUGGCUGGAUGCUCCAUUACUUCCCGUUCUUCUUGAUGGGCCGGAUCCUCUACUUCCACCACUAUUUCCCAGCCAUGCUCUUCUCCUGCAUGCUAACAGGGAUUCUGUGGGACACGCUCCUGCGCCUUGGUGCCUGGCGCCUGGCCAGCUGCAUCCACCUGUGGGGAAUCCUGAGCUUGCUCCUGGGAACUGCCUACAGCUUCUACCUCUUCCACCCGCUGGCUUACGGGAUGGUUGGUCCCCUGGCCCAGAACCCCCUCAGUCCGAUGGCAGGGCUAAGGUGGCUGGAAUCUUGGGACUUCUGA